UUAUAAUGGCAUUUCAGUGUUUCAGGAUCAACUGUGGAUUGACAGCGAUUUUCUUCAGCUGUUUACAGACACAGCCGGUUGGGGUGGCUUCGGGACCUACCAGCAGGUUUAGCGGCUGAUGGCCAAACCAGUCGGUUACAGAUGGAACUACAUGCGACUUGACUCUACUACAGCUGUUCCCAUCACGUUGGCCAUCCAACUUUGGGGGCAAGCAACUAGCAAACAAAAAGGCCCUCUUCUACUGCGACAACCAAGCCGUCGUAGCAAUAAUAAACAAACAGUCUACCAAGGCCCCCAGAGUGAUGAGCCUACUCCGCCGCCAAAUCCUGCAGUGCCUCCUAUAUAAUAUUCUGUUCAAGACAAAGUAUGUUUGUAUCACUGCUAACACUAUUGCCGAUGCUCUCGAGGUUUCAGCUCAAAUGCUUGCAGGCAGUAGCACCAUACGCGUACCAGAACCCCAUACCUAUAUCGUGCAACAUAUGGCUUAUCUGAGGCAAGAAGCUGCUAGACUCCUGUAACAAUCCCUGUCUGCAAACACAUGGUCCACAUACCAAACAGGCAUCAAUGCUUUACAAUGAUUGUUACAAUGCCUACAAUUAACAACAAAUGUAAUGCAACACAACUAAUUUACAUAUUGUAUACAUGGUAUUUACUACCCUUAUUGUUUACAGUUUGGAUGGUGGGCUCCAGCUACAUGGCCUGAGCACGUCAGUACUUGCAUUUGAAGGGCAGCAGUCCGGACCAACCGAGGAUGCUAUGGCUGGUGCAAGGUGGAAUUAGGUGGAAGGGGAGCAGGAUGCCAUCUUAUAUGCACAGGUCAAAGAGACUCAGUGCAGCCCCAGAGUGCUCAUCAUUCACAGGGGCUCUAAUGACCUGUGCACGGUCAAGGGCAGCCAACUCUACCUUGACGUGGUAACCCAUCCUCCGGAUACAACUCCAACUUCCCGACACCAGGAUCAUCAUAUCCUCAAUGCUGCCAAGGCAAGAUCGGGGGGAUGCGAAAGAACAUUAACUGCAGGCUUGCUAACUGAGUGAAAGAGCUUGGGCGGAACAAUGGAGCCACAUCCCCAGAUUCUCAGACCUGUCAACCCUCCCGCAUUUUGCGGGAGACUCAAUUUGAUGAAAUCUCCCAGUCUCCCGCAUUAGAGACGAUUUCUCCCGCAAAACAGCAUUUUUCAAUAACUAAGAAUGCGCAUGCAUUGUUCCGCGGGUUAAAAAAAACAACAGGAAGUUGACGAAUACGGAAAUCUACGAGAAAGUUUUCAGAUGAAAGUUGAUUGCAAUCGCCUUUCUCCGUGUAACACUCAGAGCUUUUCGUAACACCCGAUGAUUACUGAAAGCUUUUCAGUGUUUAUUGCCAAACAAACACACGUGUACGUGUGCUUUAUAAAGGCGUUUCGUUAAGAAAUUCGUAUUGUCUUAAUUAUGGCAACCAAACGCCCAAUGGAUACAACACCAGGAUCGACUUUGAAAAAGAAGGAAUACGCCUGCAAGUUUCAAGAAAGUUGGAAGAAAGACCAUCCGUUCCUUGCUCGAGGGAAAUGUGAGUCAGAAGUCCUGUGUACGCUUUGCAAAGUUUAUAUCAACAUUUGUUCUGGAGGAUAUUAUGACGUGAAGCGACAUAUUAAGAGUGCAAAAACAUUGUCAGGUUGCAAAGGAGAUUUCAUCCUUUCAACUGAUAACGUCCUUCACACGUGUGGAAAACCCAGCCGCAUCCAAAGUGGUUGAAUCAGAAACCUUGUUUGCUAUGAUGGUCACAGAACACAUCUUGUCAUUUAGUUUCGCCGACCACUUUACCAUGAUGGUACCUAAGAUGUUUCCGGACAGCGAUAUUGCGAAACAAUUCAAGUGGGGAAAGACAAAAACGACCAUGAUCGUAAAGAAUGCCCUUGCCCCCACCUUUGACACUGAAGUUACGGAUAUGUGCCAAGGAUCGUUCAGUUUGCUUGUGGAUGAGUCUAAUUAUCGCGGCGACAAUAAGAACUUGGCAACUGCUUUUGUGUUCUAUAAAUAACAAACAAUGAGGAGAAACUGAUCAUGGCGCAAUGUUUGUUUUGAAAUUAGUUUGGACUUUGCUUUGAUUUUGAGUUAAUCCUAAUUGAAUGACACCUGCUACUAAUUGCUACUUACAGAGACCGUGGUCUUGAUUGGAAGAACCUGAUAGCCUACUGUUCAGACAAUGCAAGUGUGAUAAUUGGACGACACAACUCUGUUCUGUCAAGGAUUAGGGAGAGGCAGCCGGCAGUUUUUGACCUUGGCUGUAUUUGCCACCUGGCAAACCUUGUAAUCAAGUCUGGUCUCAAGAAACUACCGCUCUCUCUGGACCACAUGCUUAUUGAGAUUCACUUUCAUUUUCACCUAAGUACAAAGAGGACAGAGCUCUACAAGUCCUUUCAGGAGUUCUGCGAUGUGGAGCCAGACAGGAUCCUGAAACACGUUCAGACAAGAUGGCUCAGCUUGGAGAGAUGUGUCAAGCGGACCCUUGAGCAGUGGCCAGCACUUAAAUCAUACUUCACAAGCCAUGAAGACGUUGAGAAACCUGGAAGGGUAAAGACCUGCUGCAGCUACCUUAACAAUGAUGAGAUGACAAAGCUGUACUUCCUCUUCAUGGAGUUCAUUCUGCCACCACUGAAUGAAUUCAACACAACAUUCCAGAAACAUCAGGCUCUUCUAUCAGGAAACUGUGACAACAAUGUUGAAGUCCUGAACAUAUUGAAUGGAUCAACGCAGACCCUGAAAAAAAGCAGGCUUUCACAUCAGACUCAGUCCUGGCCUGUGCUUCUGCCAUAGCAUUUCCGUUGACAGAUGAACUGACAGAAGAGUUCCUGGAGUACAGCCUGACACCAGAAGAGGUGCUGCCUUCAAUCACACUAAAGCCAGAGCAGUACUGGAUUAAGCUGCAGAAACAGAAGACUCUUGAUGGCACCAGAAGAUUUAAGUAUCUGUCUGCCCUGGCCAUCAAGCUCUGUCUCAUUCCAAAUUCCAAUGCUGACACCGAGAGAUUGUUUUCCAUGGUCAGGAAAAUAAACACAGAGGGCUGAUCAGAACUGGAUAAUUCUCACGGUCUGUGCUCUGCUGAGUUGUAAAGUGAACUGCAGAGACCCAUGCUACAGCUGCACAUUCAGCAAAGACCUCUUGUGCAAAGCUAAAUGUGCUACAAAACUGUACAAUUCACAGCACAUUUGAGACAGUUAAAUGUUUAUUUGAGCACUGCCAUAUGGAAUUUUGCUAUUGUUUCUUUUAUUUGUUAAAUGACCUUUUUCCAGUGUGAUAUGAUGUGAUAUGAUGCCUUUAUCUGAGCUAUAAUUAAACUUGUACAUUAUCUUUGUCAAGUGUUAUUGCCCUUUUUUAAUAAUCUCCCCCUUUGGAGUCAUAUCUCCCACAUUUUGAAGGCAAAUCUCCCAAAUUGUCAUGAUGAGGGGUUGACAGGUCUGGAUUCUGGCAUCAGACAGGACAUACACCUCAGCCACAAUUUAUGGCAUGCCCUGGCACUUGUUUUGCACUAAUUGGGGGAUGGUAUCUCCAAAGGUCAGUGUUUUCCCCAUCUAGGCAAGCUGGGCGGCUAUGCUAUGUCUGUGUAGCAGUUUGAUGCUUUGUGGCAUGGUUCUUGUGGGUGACCCUGCUUGUAACAAAUUAACUUGCUUCUAAACUAAUACCUGGGGCCGGGCAGUGGUAGCUUCCUUUGGCCAGCAGCGGAUACAGCUUUUGGCAGCGUGGUAGUUGCCAAGCAACAGUAGCAUUUCUUAUAAUUAAAUAUGCUAUCAGGGCUGGGCAGCGGUAUCAGCUAAUCACCACUGCUAACGGUAAAUUUUUCGUGUAGUUUUGUAGCCCACUACCACAUGCACACCCUCUGCCAUUUAAUCCACUCUCAUCUUGUGUUGUUAUUAUGGGCUCGAGUAGACACAGUUUGGUAGCCAAUGCCUCACCUUUGGCAUAACAUGUGAUAAUAUCUGUGUAUCUUAUUUGUGUUUCAGUUAAAGGCUACCUGUUUAGUUUAAAAUUGGACUUUGUUUUCCAUCUUAAUCUUUGAGUUCAUUUACUUUUGAAGAUCCAAGUUAACAUUGGUCUUCAGCAACCAAUGCUUGUCAUCAGAGGCGACUAACGUGAUCAGGUGGUCAGGCUCACAGACUUGGUUGGUGCAUGUCAUCCUAUCGUUUUGUAUAGAUCAAUGCUCAUGAUGUCAAUCACUUGAUUUCCUUACAGACCACCAUCAUGUAGCUUGAAUAUUUCUGAGCACAGCGUUCAACAAUAAACAAGCAAACAAAAUCAUUUUAGCCCUUGAAUGUGAUCUAUGAAAUCAUGUUGCUAAUGCCCAAACAUGAGUUACAAAUCCUCUGGCUACAACAUGAUACUUUAAAUGUGAAUUUUGAAACUUCAUUCAAUGUCAUUUUUCUUAUUGUGUAGCUAGUUCAUGGUUGUUUGUUUAAUCAUAC